CUCUGUACACCCGCAGGUUAGAAACAUGACUUUGUCAACAUUUGGUCUCCUGCUCCUUCUGGUGCUCUCUGACUGCUCCUGGGCUGAGGAGAAGGAGCUGUCUGUCUCUGAAAUCCUGUGGAGGGCCAACAAGGACGUCGUUCGUACCAAAGAUGAGCCCCUUGUUAUCGACGACAUCGCUUACGAUAAUGAAAAUGACAGAAAUGCUGAUCCCUGCACCUCCAGGGGCUGCAUGUGGGGAAAGUCCUCUGAUGGAAAGGUCUACGUGCCCUAUGUUAUUGCUGGACAUUACUCUUCCCGUGAGCGAUCCAUCAUUGAGCGAGGGCUGCUGUCUUUCCAUGAUGUGACUUGCAUCCGCUUCGUUAGGAGAACUAAUCAGAGAGACUAUCUGAGCAUCCAGUCUGACAGCGGGUGUGUUUUCUGUGAAUGCUUCUGCGUGCUUAAAUGUCAAUGGCAAUUUACUUCUCACAGUCAGAAAUUUAUUAUGUGGAUGAUAAGCUGUUACUCCUACGUCGGUCGUCGUGGUUACAGUCAGACGUUGUCUCUGGACCGUCAGGGCUGCCUCUACCACAGCACCGUCCAGCACGAGCUGCUCCACGCUCUGGGCUUCAACCACGAGCAGUGCCGCUCCGACAGGGACCAGCACAUCCGUGUCCUGUGGCAGAACAUCCAGCGGGGUUGGGAGUACGCCUUUGACAAGAUCAACACUCUGAACCAGAACACCCCCUACGACUACAACUCUGUCAUGCAGUACCACAAAUAUGCCUUCUCCGGCAACAACAGGCCCACGAUGGAGCCCAUUCCCAACGCCAACGUUGAAUUCGGCACAGCCUCACAGAUGAGCAAGAACGACAUCGACAGAGUGAACAGGCUGUACAAGUGUUAGCCAUACGGUGGUUCAAGUGUUCACAACAUGAUGCCUCCUCUGACAUCAAAUCUCAUGUUCUUCAAGACAGUGAAUUAAAUUGGCACAAAUAAAGAUUUAUGAACAGA